UGAAGACUAGACGUGAUCUUGGGUUAAACAACACAACUGGCAAUAACUUAUCAUGGCCAGACGUUUUCCUGUAAUUCGUAUAACAGAAGGCGAAUGGACAUCAGUAAAAUUCUGGAGGCUUUUGGGCGUGAACAUUCCAUGUUUUUUCACCAACGAUCCAGCAUUUUUAGCCGACUACAUUGCCAAUUUCGAGACGCGGCUAGAUGAUGUUUUUGUGGUUUCAUAUCCUAAGUCAGGUUUGUGCAUCGUUAUCAUCAAUCCAUACACAGGGGCAAUUUGGGGUGUUCGAUCGAGCUAGCGUUGUUACGGUAGCCUGCUUAAGCUAUCCUCCUUUUUGUUUUUUGGCAUUUUCAAAAAAAGAAAAAGUAGCGACGUCGUUAAACCAUUUUUCACUUGAAAUAAUUAUUUUAAUCUGAAAAUGAUUAUAUUAACAACAAAGAGAAAAACAGGAACAUUUUUUACACGAUACUGUGCAUUUCGUUAAUCCAAGAAUGUUCAUCUUCACUUUUAACGUCAUCCUGGGGUACCAGGGCCUCCUAAUCCGAUAUACUCCUUGUGAUUUUUUUUAGGUUUUUUUUUUUUUUUUUUCCAAUACGACCAACCGACCAACAUCAGGAAACGCAUUCGACGCUAAACGAAAGAAAACGGGGAUUCCUUACCUAGGGGUUUCUUGGGUGUGAUUUUCGUUUUUGGCGGACGCGUGCGAGGCCAAAUGAAAACCUUCGCCCCCUCCUCUUCAAGCUCGGUUCAGGAGCACGCUUCUAGAAAGUCCCCGAUAUCUUUUCGGGUUUGAAAUCAAAUAUUCAAUUUAAAAUCUAAAGAAUAAGAACGUGGCUUCUAGUUAACAAGACAACAACAGGUUUCCGGGCCAGUUAAUUGUCGGGACUUUGAAGAAAGGGACUUCAGCUCUCGAUCGAGCAGCCGUAUCUCUUACUUUACGAACAACAAAACCAGUCAGUUUUCUGACAGUUUUCUUUGUCGCUAAGAAACCCGGGGGAAGUAUUCCGGUCCUGGGAAUUCUUGGUGGGGCUGUGCCGCCCGGUUCUCCAAAUCCUGACUCUAUUGUCAACGGUCUCACUGUAACAUAUAUAUAUAUGGUUAAUUGUUCUCCUAAAACCGAUUUUUACAAUCUGUGCCGUAAGGUUCUUCGCCUUAUGGCUCACGCUCAGCAACCUACCAUUCAGAGGCCAAGGGCUGACCAAGACGCCAUGCUGCUCAAGCAGUUGUCCCGCAAGUUGAGCCUCCACCGAUGGCAGAACCUCAGGGACACCCAACGACAAUUUUCGGGAAAAUAUCUGUUCGGAAGACGAUUUGAGAUCUAGAAUUUUCGGAACAUUUGUUGUAAAAUUUCUUGCUUGCCGGCCUCUCCUAUCAUUUUCGAACAUCUAAAAAAUGGUAUAAUUACCUAUUUUUAACGGAUUUUUACCCUAAAAAGGUCACCUAGAAUUUUCAGAAGCCUUUUUUCUGGCUGAAAUUUUCGAAAAGGUAAGUUUUGAUCCCUAUAAUUUUCGGAUCACUCAGACUUUCAGCUAGGAAAUCCGAACAGAUGAAAAAUUGUUAGGGGAUAAAGAUAUGCCUUUAUCUACCGUUCAAAUACUAAAAUACGUUUAACAAUGCUAUGUUUAAGUGGUUUUGAACUAUAUUCUCGUUGGGUGCCCCUGGAACCUGCUCCAUUACCGGAGGAGAAUUCAAAUCCUCCACCCAAACAACUUUAUCUUGUCUUACUGUGUUCCUUGUUUGGGUUUUUCCCGUUUUGUUCGCUUGCGUCAUUGAGAUUCCAGUUUUUUAUUUAGUUUAUACGCGUCUAUGCUGGGUUUUUCCUUUUUCUUUCCCAGCUUCGUUUAUUAUGCAAUUACAACAGCAAGUGGUAACGUUGCGAGUAUGCGCGAGCCGCUGGACGGAAGUUUGUGGUGGUAUUGGAUCGCAGCGAAUGCAGCAAAGAAAAAUGGCGCCUCUUUUAAAAAUUACCAUCGUCUUAGUCAUCUGUUCUAUCUUUGUGGAGUGCAGAUAAGACAAAGUCUUCUUUGUAAUAUGCGAGAUUGGUCUCAAGGCUAAUAAGUCGCAGAUCAUUCACAAUUUUGCGCGGUUUGUGGUCCAUGAGUGAUUAUUGUUUCGUGUUUUGGCUUGCGCGCGGACACGUCGAUGGGGUUCUGUGUAACAGCUGCAAAACUCCUCUAUUAAACACUGGAUAACUGGGAAAAAAUCUCUUCAUGUAAGUUGUGACCGAGUACAAAACGUCCGACGCUUACGAUUUGAAUAAAACGCUGUGAAAAAAAAUUCUAAAUGCUAGUCUGUUUAUAUAGUCAUAACUGCAGUUCUUGCGACAAUCCCCUUGCAAUAAUACGAUUUCACGUCAGUUAUGGUUCAGGAACGCCCUGUUUUUCAGAGAUGUGCAACCUUAGUGCAGUGAUUCUGCCAGUGAUUACUUUUCAGAGAUACCCCAUCCUAACCACCAGUGGCCAAAGCAGGUGCAGUGCCCUAAUUCUGCGACUGAUAAAAUUUCAAAGAUAUCCCACCCAGGGCUAUGAAAUUGUAUGUUUCCUUUCUUGACUAGAUGAUAUAAAACUGAAGACCCAAACUCAAGAAAUGACAUCUAUUAAAUCUAUAUGAUGCCUUAACUUAUUCAGGGGUGUAGGCAGAAUUUUGUAAUAUGGAGGCUCUUGACUCCAAGAUGCCCCUUAUACUUCUAAAAUAAAGAAUUAGAUGAGCCAAAACAGGAGUGUGGUACAAGAUGUUUCAUAUUGCAGAUGUGUUUUAUUGAGGUAACCCUAACCAUGAAAAAUCCUUCCCUUUACUCCCCACACUUCUACAUACUAGAAAAUUGCAAAUAUGCACACAACAGUGAAAAUACUUAAAACAGUAAAGAUCAUAGUUAUAUCUAAAACUGCAUUUUCUCUCUGAGACAUUGAAGUGAAUUUUCUGCUUCUGAUACUUCCAUGCUUGCACUCAUUUUUGCUUUUCAUAAAUUUGUUGUUGGUAUUUUCUACUGCACAUGUGUUAAUUAUUUAAGAUAUAACUAAUAAGGCCUAGCUCAAUUGACUAGCCCAUAUCUGGGCUAAGAUUAAAAAAUUGAAAAUGAGAGAAAAUUAGCUCUAACUUUUCCUUUUCAUUCAAUUUCAACAUGAGGAGAACAUAAGGAUCUUAAAGCCUGAUAUUUAUAAAGUCUGACUUUAUGGUAGCUUCAAGUGAGCCAAUGUAUGACUCAUUAAAAUUAAAGCUUGUCUGUGUGUCUUCUGGGGCACCAAGGCUAUUUGACGCAGUUCAGGAUGGAGUGACAGACCCUUCACAUUCUGCAGGCAUCAUAAGGUAAAAUAGAAUACGGAUAGUCGCCAUUUUGUACCAGCUCUGCUAUGGCUUGAGUGAAAAGUGCGACUGGUUUAAAUGUGACAAUGCAGUCGUCCUCAAUGACUAUCACCUGAACCAACAAGGUUUAGUGCUGAGCAUCUCAUAGGGAGCUCCUGCAACAGGAAAAAGGCAAAUGAAAUUUUUCAUGCGACACCAGGAGCAUCAAUGAGAUUGUUUCAGGGGCAAUUUUACAUAAAUUGCAACUUGUGCAGCCUAUGAUAUAUGACUAUAUACGCUACUACAGUGUAUACACAGCCAAACCGACACUGGCAAGCCAAGUGCUCCUAAAUUCAUGUGCACAAACACUGAAUAUAUGAGACCCAGAGUAUCAAAAGAUCUAUUUCUAUUGGAGAGUGAAAAGUUACCCCUAUGGCAUUUAGUUGUUGCCCACAACUAGCGAUACCCCUUUAGAUAUUUUUUCAGGAUUUCUCAAGUGUCAUGGAUAGGAAUUUUUAUUCAAAGAGGAAAGAAAUCUUUUGGAUAGAAAAGGAAUAAUAACAUUUAUGAUUUUUGUAAGCGUACAAAUACAUUGUAUGUGAUGAAGCUAAUUCUUAUGUGGAUGCCAAUGUAAGGAAUCAAAUACAGGGAUUUCAUGUCCAGUGUUGUCUGUACUUCAAACAGAAAUGGCAGUCCAGCAAGUGCAAAGGUGAACAAGGGCAAGAAUUGUUUUGCGCUUGAACUUGUGCUAGUGUCAAAGUGGGAGUAACAUUGUAAUGGUCAUAUGAAAAUGCAUUAAAUCUACACUUAUUAAAUCACUUUUAUAGUAGGGCAGGGAAAAGAAUGCACAUAUGUGUAUUUUCAUAUUUUAUACUGAUUUCAGUUAUGUUUCAUGACAUUAAGUAAACAUUUUAAGCAUAACAUUACAAUUCUUUCAGGCGCCAAUUUUGUGUGUGUAAACAAAUCAUCAUUGAAUAAUUAUCAGAAUAAAAUAAUCUUCCAAAUGGUGAGGGUUCUUGUCAGUGAAUCUGAGAGCUUACAGUGCAUGAUUAUUAAAAUGCACAUUCAUCAGUGUUCCCCCCCUUGGAUGCAAAAUCAAACAUUCAAGAAUGAAAGAGUGUUCCGAAACAAUGCUCUUACAAAUAAGUUUUGUUGGGAUAUACUUUUACAUGUUAACGAAAAAUCUAAAAACAAGGUUGAAAAGGACAAGAAAAAUUUGUCCAUCUUUAACGAAGUUUUAGCAAAUAAUAUUUCACAAUCCACCGCCUCGAUCUCCUAAUCUCUGAGAAUAAGUAAUCGCCAUAGAGCACCAAUGUAAACCAGAAAAGCAAAUUCUUGAAAAUGGAAGGAAACAUCCGACUAUGGCCUUACUUGUAAGAGUAGGAAAUUUGCUUGUUGAUUUCAUGCCGCUAAAUAGUAUCAAAAUACUUGAACUUCCCCCCUUUGAAUUAACCAUUAAAAGUGAAAAUACAGAGUGACCGAAAGAGAAGUUUAACCUGUUUAGUCGCUUGUGUGGGAUGUAUCACUGGAUCUCGCUGUACGGUCAGGGUCAAAUACUACAAAAAUACCAGGGUCACAUAAAUUACGUUGAAUUCAGGCUGCUAUAAUUCCUCGCGAAGCGCCGAGCCGCGAGGUUUAUAAUCUCGUCGCGCGCGAAGCGCGCGUGUAUCACUCAAGCAUCGCAAGGCCAGCGUGAUUUCCUCUUGGCUAUAAAUCUAUCGAGUUUGGUUGGUGUCCGCCUUGACGUCAUCCAGUAGUGACGUCAAAGUGCACUAUGGGUUUCCAGGCAACCGAUUGCCAUCGACGACAAAGCUCUUGGUUUUCUUCUUGAAGACGGGUUUUUUCAUCUGUGAAUUAUAACAAUGUUUACGGUCGGUGAGUCACCACCCAGUAUCUCAGGUAAAUAAAACAGAACAUCAAACUCAACAACGGUGGAUUCAACAAGUGGCUGGAAAUCCUCGCUGGGAAAGAUUUACAAGCAAAACUCCGCAAGAGCAAGGACGUCAACUUUAAAUUCAGCGCGAGUAACCGCACAUCGAAGGCAAACACUGUCAACUGGAGACAGAGGUUAUACAGCGACCACGAAUAUGUAAAGAGUUAGCAACAAAAUACUACAGUUACACUGCAAAAGAAGCCGACGAAGAGAGGGAACACCGACUGCCGACGUUUCAGUAUUCGGUCAAUAGAGUUCGCAAGGAGAGGCAAGUUUACAGUCAAAAUUAUCUUCGAUGCAACGAUAGGAAGCAAGAAUUACACGAUUUGUAAAAUCGACAUGAGGAGUAUCUUUGCAACGGACUGAGGACAGCCGAUCAGCCUUUUCACCGUUUUACAGUAAGCUUUAUUUUACAAUGAACAGUUUACAACACCGAUAAUGUGUGACAUGUGGGGAAGCAUUACAUUUUGUAAACAAAAUCCUUACUGGGCUAAAUUUUUCCUUUAAGCUUACAAUUUUCAUUCAAUUUCCUUCACAAGUAAAAUAAAUGUAUGUAUAGCAGACUUAUACAUAAACCCAGCGGUGUUUUUUAAGUCAAACAUGACAAAAAUUUGUUAUUGCUGGCCCCCUUUAUUUUUGUUCCUAUAUUAUUCGAAAAUAACAUCAGUAUUUCGGAUAUCCUCAGAAUGUUAGUGUGUGACAUGGUUGCCAUGCCAGGAACGUUAAUUCCUUUCGCUGUUAGGGAAAAUUUAACAGGUCACUCAUAAAAUUUUACUCUUUCAAAGAAGUCAGACAGAGGUGACAUAUUCACAGAAAUAAAACAUUUGUUCCAUUGGCAGAUGAAGGUUGUUUCAAGAAAUUAAACGACAUGCAAGCAGAUAUUUAUGUAGGGUUUUCCAUAAGAUCAAUCCAUCCUGUACUUAGCUUUACAUUCACCAGAAAUGUGUGUAAUACAGAGAAAGUGUUCAUUUGCCUCAUCUCAGUCUGGGAAAUUAAAAAUCUAUGGCUCUGGCACUGUCUCAACAAGCUCAUGCAUGUUUAGAAUUGAGACCAAUGGAGAAACUGAUGACCUUCAACAUAACUUCUUUGUGGACAUUUCAUACAAAUUCACUCUUGCAUAGGGAUUUGUUUCUUAUGCAUGUACACGAAUAACUAUGAACACUUGCCUAACUGGUAAAAAAUUAGUACUUUUUACAUGGAUUCAGUUCUUUAAGGUGAAUGCCCACACAUACAAUAAUCAUAAAUCAUGAUCACUUUAGUAAUUCUCAUGAACUGCAUCCUUAAUGACAUUGCUACUUGUAAUUUUCUAUUUCAGUGAUUAUGUUUGCACUUUACUGUUACAAACAAUAGUUGUCAAGUCAAGUAUGAUUAUGUACCAAAAAAAGUGCAAACACUUUUAUAGCUGUAGUUCGCUGAACAAUAAUUUUUUUCUCCGAUUAGCAGCAUUUAGUUGUUGUUUUCACUGCAGCAUUAUCUCCUAGAAUUGCCAUCCACUCACCUCUACUGACACAUUUUACAAAUAAUUAUUGCCCUUAAGGGUGAGCUUUUAUUAAGCAAAUGCAACUGAAUACUAGCACUAUCACCCCCAUUUCCUUUUGACCAUAAUUACACACAUUUAGGAGGGUCAAAUGGAGUGAACAUUGGGGGAUGGGACCUAUGCAGCAUUCGCUAACAACAGCAUCCCCAUUAAAAUCUCAGAAGAUUCUUUUUAAAGCUAGAGCACUAGGUUCAAAUUUAAUCCACAGGGGAUUAAGUGCAUCUCAGCUUCCAAUAUUAGAUCCACCCUCCCCAGUUACAUGAUUUACUUCAUUUCUCUCCUGUCCUCCCACCCCUUAUGGGCUCCCCCCCCCCCGAGCUUCGCGAGGUUCUGCGAUACACGUAUUUCUAGUUUUAACACAUAACAUUCGAUGAUGCUACUCCACAUUUCACAAAGUAAAUCAAGGGGUAUAUCUUACCUAAAUGUUAGGCAGCUCUGCAGAUCGUGGCAAUAACCCAGAAAUCCGUGACCGCUUGAAUGUCAACAAAUCAACAUAUCACAACAAACGACCUCGUGAACGCUUUAUGUGCUUCAUCAGAGGAGCCAAAUGGACGAAAAUUAACCACCUAAAUGGUCCUUCUCCCAUACAUGACACUUCAACAUGGCUUAGCCAAAGUAUCCAAUCUAUAAGACAUGUCUGUUGUCGAUUGGGUAUGCAAAAAAAUCUCCCUUGAAAGUGCUUCCGAACGGCUUUCGGCCAUUACGAUUUCCCGUCAACAAGUGCUUCCCAGCAAGUUUGACGCAUGCGUAAACGUUGCCACUUGCUGUUACGCCUUACAGAUUCAUUUCGGCAUCUGAUGCUGCGUUAUUUUCACGUGCAUUUCGCACAUUGUAGCCUUUUUUUUUCCGCUCGCCCUUCGAUUUUCUGUCGGUUAUAGUUUAUUUUAUUAAUCUUGUCUCACUGCCGUUUUACUCUCGGGUUUUUAUAUAAUUUUCUGGUUACCACUUGGUCCCGUUUUUUGCUUAUAAAGCUUUAAUUUUUCGCGGGUUAAUAGAAAGUCCCACUCUCGAAUAAUUGUGUGGCAGAUUGUCAACAACGUUCAGUGGCAGAAGGUUUCGUAAAAUAAGCAUAGGUGUCGCGGCUCGUGAAGAAGGGAGAUCGCGUCCAAACUAAUUGAAUAACAUGCUAUGUGUCUUUCUAACGGCUAUGGCAUUCAUGCGAACACUUGUUACCAAGUGCGCGGUUGUAAUAAGCGGAGCGGUGGAGGUUGCCUUCCCGCCACAAGGAAGGUUGUGGUUGCCAUCUUCUAUCUUCGGCCAUCUCAAAGGGUAGGUUCAUAUUAAUCGAAAAUAAAAUCCAGUAGCAUGCAUAAGGUUGGUGGUGUUAGAAGCACUAUGAUGAGCUUUGGUUUUUGUAUUUUUAUCACUGGUUUAAUAUGUAUAGGGACUACAUGGGUACAAGGAAUUGUUUGGCAAAUCUACUGCUAACUCAAAAGUUAGCUCAAGUAGGUGGUGGUGGUGGGAAUAUCAUUAUUUUCAUUCAGAAGCACUCUGUUGAGCUUCAGUUUAACGUUAUUGUAUUUUUAUAACUGGCUUAAUAUCUAGGGACCACAUGGGUACAAGAAAUUGUUUGGCAAAUUUGCAACAAAGGAGCAAUCAGCAGUGAGAAGCUAACACUUCGAUCUCCAUUUCUGGAAGCUUCCAGCAGCAACACUGGCCAACCGGUCCUAGAAACACUUUCAAGUCCUCGUCUGAUUAAGUCCCACCUACCUUACAGCACUAUUCCGAGACGUGCAAACAAAGAUGCUCAAUGUAAAUACAUUUACGUUGCUCGGAACCCAAAGGAUGUGGCAGUGUCACAUUUUCAUUUUGAGGAGAAAAUGAAAGAGUCUGGCAACGGUUACAACGGACCUUGGGACUUUUACAGCAAGUUGUUUAUUGAGGGAAAUGGUAAGACCUUUCUCUUAAAAUAAUACAUUUUACAAGUUUCAGUAAGUAUUGCCGGAUUUCUUGACACAAAAAUAAAGAAUUCACGUCCCUAAACUGAAGCCAGACAGUAAGAUUUUCAUAUGCCGAACGUUUAAUUGCCCCAAAGGAAAAUACUGUAAUUAAAAAUAAUUUAGUUCUAAAAUAAAUACUCUUUUAUUAGUAAUAACACUAGUUACUCAAGGGAGUGCAUGUGAUUACAACUGCCGUAAUUGCAGACCAAUAGGCCAUUUGCUUAAUGACGUCAUUUAACCACUACGACCAGAAUCCUUCAGGGUCUCGCUUUCUUGUGCAAAUCAGGGCUUUUGUUAUUUAAACCUAGCUGGGAUUAACAAUUUUUUGAAAAACAUGAAAGAAAAAACGAAAAUCAUUCUGGUGGUAGUAGUAAAAUGACGCCAUCGUGCAAAUGGCCUUUUUAGCUUGAGGAAGCAGCUGACAUUUCGCGAAGUCACUGCUGGUUUCCCAGAUUUAAAAUCUGGGUAGUGCUUCUGAUUGGUCGUGCCACAAAUGAAAUUUGCUUCCACCAAUCAGAAACACUACUCAGAUCUGGAUAGUGUCUGUGUCAUGUCAUCAAUAUGGAAUUUUUUACAGUCGUUCCUCAGACAACAUUUCGUGGGAAAACCAAUGAUUACAUCGCGAAAUGUUAAGUCAUUUGGGUAUUUUGAUUAAAGAAAGAAAAAACUGUUAGUCGGAGUCAGUUCUACUUAUACCUAUCUCUAGUUUGCUUAUUUUAGAAAUUCUUGAAGAACGAGUAAAGUCCUGAGUAGUUAUAGGGAGCUUAGGCAAUCACGACAACGACGACGUCAAAAAACAAUCGGUUUCAUGAGCAAAACAACAGGUCUGCACGACCAUCAUGCUUUUUAGUACAUUUUUCGGACGUUCAAUGCACGACUACGACGUAAUAGAGGACGUGAACAUUACGCAACGAAUUUUUCUUUCUACUUUUUAAAGCUGAAUAGAGUCCUAAGAAUUCAAUUCCAGGAAAGAUCGCCUACAUUUGACAAAUUGAGCCGGUCCAAAUAGACGUGAUACGUUUUGUAAGGAUGAAUUUUUUUUUUCGGCGACGUUUUCACUCCCUCCGCCGUCGUCGUUGAUAGGGAGUUUAAGAACCGACGUUUUUUGAGCAUCGCACGUCGAUCGGAAGUGGAAUUUUUGCACUCUUGAGACGUGAAUUUGAAUAAAUUUUUGGGCAGAUCGGCUCCAUAAGAGCCAAGACACUUAUCAAUACAAAUUUAGCAUCGUCAAGGUAUAUUAAAAGAGAAAAAGGCUCACUUCCGAUGACGCGCACCUGCGUCGCUUAAAGGGUUGCUGCUUAGCACUCGGACGUACGUGCAAACUCAAAACCCCACCGUAGUGCAAUGAGGGUGGUUGGAGCCUCUUCCAAGCGUUUUCGUUAAGUUUCAAAGCUUUGAAAAGGUUUUACCCGUAAUAGAUAGCCUGUUAUGUCGUCUACAAGAUUAUGCUAAUAUCCAAAUGAGGCUGGUGACAGCAUCCAACAUGGCGGACGUUUUUAGAUUUAUUCAUUUUUGCCAUUAUAUUUGUCACUUUUACCCGAAAAGUUUAAGUUUUACACGGUAAAUAGACUUUUUAAGAGCCUUGCGUAAAAAGAUGCUUUAAUACAUUAUUACUAGGUAUGCUUUUUUAAAAUUGUGCAAGUUUAUUUUUUUGCAUAAUUCGUCAUCAUGACCAUAAUUUUCACCUAUUUUCCGAAAAAAAAAACACUGCUAGCAUAAUUUGCACUUUUUGCUUGUUUUACAGCACCAAAUUGUCAUUUACUAGUCGUGCAACCAUUUUUUUUUUUGGCCCGAGAUCAUUGUGACGGGCAAAUUGAUGUAACAAGGUCAAUUUUUUUGUCAGCUUAUAUUGUCCUUGGUCCGACAAGAAGUGUAUGACCAACUGUCUUAAAUCUCAACAGGAUUUUAUCAAAAACAAACAAACUUGAUGUAUAAAGUCAGCUAUUUGGCAAGAGCACAGGGUAAAGCCAAAAGACAUACUGCGCAUGUCCCUAGUGUUACUUAGCAACCAGGAAAUAUUACUGCGCAAUAUCAACACACAACACAUGCGCAUAACUAACCCGCUUACCCAAGGUGGCGUCUGCGUGCUGGUUGUUAAUUGUUUGUGUUUCUGUAGUUGUCAGACAAUGAAUUAUCCUUUCUUAAGUUUCUAGAAGUAAAUUUUUCGGGUAAAUGUGUUUGCCAUGUUUGUUGAAUAGUUAUUAAGGUAUUUACCUAAUUUAAAAUUUAGAGUAAUUGAAGAUCGUAGAUUUUUUUCCCAACCAGUUUUAAAGAUUGAUCACUAAAACUCGUCGACCACACGAAUACAGAGUGUACGAAUCUUUUGCUCUUGUUUUCAGACUCUCAACGCUAAUCGCUUUCCCAGGAGCUUUCCCUAGGGUUAGGGCUAGGAUUAUGGUUAGGCCUGAGGUUAAGGUUACAUCUAAGAUCGAAGAGUUUUAAUUUAUCCUUACCAGUUUUAAAGAAUCCGACCGUAGAAGUCUUUGACGACACGCCUGGGUUCGCACUUUUAACGAUAGUCGUUCUCCCAAGAGCUUACCCUAGCCCUUACUCUAGGCCUAACGCUCAAGCUAGGGUUAGGGUAAGCUCCUGGGAAAACUUCUUCUGGGUGAGAAUAUUGCUCCGAAAACUUGCAAUAUUACAUUUUCAUACGUGCAAAAUUUUGCACCACUCCUUACUUGGUAUUUACUAUCUCGUAUAUCUAUGAGCCGAUUUUCACCAAAUUCACAGCAAAUAAUCUCAAAGAUAAACGAAAAGCUACUGGAAUGGACAAGCAAACCUUCAACCUAAAAUCUAAUUGAUAAAUUCGAGUAGUAGAGGGUAGCAUCCACACCCCUUCUCUCUUAUUUGUCCAAGGGCGGCGGUAGUACUACUUAUACAUGUAUUUAAAUGAAAAUGAUGUAAAACUAAACUUGAACUUUACGUAAAUUAACUUUCUGUCCUCACGUUUUAUUCUGUGCAGUUUGUUUUGGCCAUUGGAAUGAUCAUGUUCUUAAUUGGUGGAAACAUAAGGAUGAUCCUAAUGUCCUGUUUCUCAAAUAUGAAGAUUUACACAAGGUAAAGCUGCAGUUUAACUAACAUGUAUGUCUCUAAGUUUCCUUCGAUGAUCAUUUUAUUAAUGGUCAUAAACUUUUUUGAUGAUGUAUGGAUGUUGGUACGAGGAAAAAGAUGUUGUUUAGGCGAUUUUCCUUGACUUGCACGUUAAACAUGUUCAUGCAAAUGGCAAAAUUUGAGAAUUAUUUUCUUUGACACUGGGAUGAGAAAACAUAAAAACAUGUUAAGUUUUCCCAUGUAUAUUAAGAUCAAGUUUUUCCUUGACAACUCAAAAUUAAUCGUGAUGAUGCGGUGAAUGCAGCCGCUCUUUUUAUAUCCAUCAUUUCCCGUUUAUUUUACCGGGCGACGUUCUUCUGCUCCUUCUUUCAGUAAAAUUAGUCGUAUCGAGUUAAACCCCCAAAACACAUUGCAUCUAUCUCUACAUCUGCAUAUAUAAAAUACAAAAUCCGUAUGGGAACAUGUCGCAAGUUUCCGAAAAAUAAAUAAGUAAUCAAAAACAGAGAGUAAAAAGCCAGCGGAGGCAGCCAGAUUAAGUGAAAAACAGCAUUUGCAGCAAGCUCAAAAUUGUCAGUCGAAUCAAUGUUUUAAAAUAUUAGGUGGCGGAGACAGAGUUUAAUUGUUCUUGGCCAAAAUCUGAACUUGUAAGCAUCACAUGGAGCCCGGUUUAAUUGGACAGGAAUGAAUUUAAGCGAAUGGGAUUGAAAUUUCGGAUCGGCGAACUGGACUCCUGUUGGACGGUAGACGGAAUGGUGAUCGCAGCUGCAGAUAUUCCGAAAACAAUGGUUCGGUAUAGUUUAAAAUCAAUUUGCUACUUUAUUUUGAUUUACAAAGAGCACAUCUCCUACCUUUGAUAGCCAAGUUAGUAAUGAAAGGGGAGUUGAAAAUAUUGGGCUGUCCAACCCAUGCCAUGCCAAAACAAUAAAAAAAACACAGCCUCCUUAAUCCUGUUCGAUGAAGUGUACUGUCUCCCCCAUAAUGACUGUUAGGAAAGCGAUGGUAUAUCUAUAUAUAGCUAGUACAGGAUUCAUUCCUUCCAGGAUCUCCAGUACCAUGUUCGAGUGAUAGCUGAUUUCCUACACAAGCCACUGUCGGAUGAACUUAUCAGUCGUAUUGCAGCGCAGUGCACUUUCCAGGGAAUGAAGGCAAAUGAAAUCAGUUACAAGAUAAGGGACGAACAAGAGAGUUCGCCGUGGCUACGAAAGGGCGUGGUCGGAGGCUGGAAGAGUUACUUCACUACAGAGCUGAAUGAGAGAUUUCAAAAAGAAGUGUUGGCAAAACUGGAAGGAUCUGGAUUAGAGUUUGACUUUGAGAUAUAG